CUACACCAGAAAAGGAGUGUCAGAUAUCACAGAAUUUCUCCAGAAUCGGGUGGUGCAUAGAAAGUCUGGUGUGAUUAAAUGUAAUCGAAACCUGCGGGCUCCAAUAAGAAAAAUAAGACGUCAAAACCCCAAACCUUUGAAGACUGGAAGAACUGCCUUUCAAAUUAUAGAGUUUAUUUGGAGUGUUGUCUGAGGAGGAGAUGGACACGGGGACGUUUAGCCGGAGACAGUGGGCAUCAAAGUCAUUACGGAUCACAGCUAAAGAGCUCUCAUUGGUUGGCAGCCAUGGCAAGAGUCCUGCCAUUGCUGAACGUUUUUCCAAAUAUCAGAAAGCAGCAGAGGAGGCGACAGCAGACAAGAAAAAAACUUCUGUUGACAGUUUGCCUCCGUUGCGAUCAGGAAAUCUGAGUGUACUGAAGAAACGUUGGGAGAACCAGCAGAAAGCUGUUCCUCAACUGAACGUGGCACCUGUGAGCCUGAGGAGCCAAUCAGCUUCCUCCAAACUCAGCGGCCUGCCAGAACCAUCCAUGUCCUCCAGCAGACUUAUGCGACAGGAUAGUUUGAACCAGAAGCUGAUGCCCUGCGAGAAACCUGCAAAAAUAAAGAUGGACAUGGAGACUAAACAAAAAAGGGAGUUGGAGAAGCAAGAGGAGAACGUAACUGAAUUAGAUCCACUCUCUCCACCGCUGGAGAAAUCAGCUGUGCCUCUCAACAACCUCAAAAUGAUGUUUGAAAAAGGCAAAAGCAAGGCACAAACAGAAGUAGGCAGCAGCUCAGAGGACAUGGACACACAGAUAGGUAAUAAAGGUACACCCAGUCUGAAGCGCAGCACCUCUAUCAGGGACAGGAUGGCAAAAUAUCAGGCAGCAGUCACCAGACAAGCCUCUUUUACCACAACACGCCCUGCAAACCAAUCAGAGGGCAGUAUUCCCAGCACAGAUCAUAAGGAAAAUACUUCCUCUACUGUUGAUGGACAGAAAGUGAGCAUGCUUUCCGAAUCAAAUUGUGCAAAGACAAAUGGAGUCCAUGUUCACACGAGUCCCAGCACAGCAGCUUCUAUUUCAGAGAACAAGGACCCUCAGAAAGCGAUUAAGUUUCAUCUGCCCAUCCAGGAGAGCUGUGUGUCCUGCCAAAAGACUGUUUACCCGCUGGAGAGACUCAUCGCCAAUCAACAUAUAUACCACAAGACUUGCUUCCGUUGUGCCUUAUGCAGCACAAAACUCAGCUUGGGGAGUUAUGCUUCCUUACAUGGCAUCAUUUAUUGUAAACCUCACUUCAGCCAGCUUUUCAAGUCCAAGGGCAACUAUGAUGAGGGCUUUGGCCAUCGACCGCAUAAGGAAUUGUGGUCACCUCGGAUGAACGAGCAGGAGCCUGAGGAAAGUGAAAAGCCAAAGCCCCCUUUGGCAGACCUUGUGUCAGUGAAGCCUGCAGAACAACUGAGCCCCAAAGUGGAAGUUUCUCCUCAGGCCAAAUUCACUGACAUGACUGAAGAUCUGGAGACCAGACAUCAAGCCACCAGCUCCACAGAAAAAACACAAAACAUUCCUGUGGAAUCAAGGAGACUGAGAGUUGCGUGGCCACCUCCUGCCAACAGUGAGGGAAGCUCCAAAGUUUCUAUCCCAGACACUGAAGGUGGAAAGGGUCUAUCCAAGCUUUUCCGACCAAAGUGGCCUCCAGAGGACGAAGUUCCACCUGCUCAACAGAGACCUGAAAGAGCUGAACUAAAAAGCCUGCAACGUAGUUCCUCUCUCAGAGAGCGCAGCCGUCCCUUUUCUGUUGCACAAAGCAUGAAAUUAUCUAAAACUUCUGAACAAGAUGCUCAAUCUUCUCUCAAGCCUGCUUUGGUCAGGCAAGGUUCGCUGGAAGAGCUUCGCUCACUGUCGAAGAUGAAAAAGGAGAAAGCUGCAGUUCAAAAUGAGGCAAAACUCCCAGAUAAAAAGGCAAAGGACAGUGACCGCAAAUCCAAGAAGGACACUGAGAGCCCUACCAAGCUUGAUAAGAAUGAAAAGAUGCCUCCCUCCAUUCUGAAACCCCAACAAACCAAAAAAGAGGCUCAGCCCCAACAAACAAAUAAGGAAACUCAGUCACAACAAACAAAACAGGAGGUUGAACUGCUACAAAUAAAAAAAGAGGCUGAACUACAACAAACAAAAAAGGAAACACAGCCACAACAAACGUCAAAUGAGGCUGAACGACAAAAAAAAAAAAAGGAUGCUGAGCUACAACAAAUGAAAAAGGAAACUCAGCCACAGCAAACCAUGAAGGAGGCUGAACUACAGCAAAAAGAAAUGGAGGCUGAGCAACAACAAAUGAAAAAGAAAGCUCUGAAAUGUCAUGUUGAAUGUGAGGAAAAACCUGUGACAUGCUUCAACACUUCUAUAGAGCUCCAGUCUUCACGAGACACACCCUGUUCUCCAAACAGGGAAGAUAAAAGCCACAAGACAUCCCAGGAUAUGAGCUUCUGGGAUGGUGAGGUGGCUGAGGAGUCCCUGACUGUGGAGGAGAUGAUCAAGAGGAAUCGCUACUACGAAGAUGAAAAUGAUGAUGAGGAGGAGGAAGUGGCAAUAGUUUGAAGUAUGUCUCAUGAACCUCGUAUAACUAUUACAACUAUUACAUUAGAAUUUACGUAAAUGGUAAAAACGUAUCAAUAUCAUAGACAUCAAUAGAAUAAAAUGCUUAUUGAGCUGUUUCUUUGGACCUCUUUCUUGCUAAAAAUCAAACUGGAAAACUAUAUUUUGUAUUGUGCUCUGUCAUCAAUGUUUCUUUUUGUUCUGUGUAUAAACCUGGGCAUGUUUACAGAAGAAUCAAUAUUUUUCUUAUUCUAAGUAAUCUAAUCACUUAAAAAAAAAAGUAUCUGUAGAUACAUAUAUGCAAUAAACACAUUGUCUAUAUUCUGCUAUUGUCAGACUUUGACAGUUAAUCAAUAAAGAAAAUGGCUAAACACAUUUUAGCCAUUAU